AUGCUGUUAAAGCUUAGAGUAUAUUGUCUUCCCUUCGCUUAUGAAGCCUCCACCCACCGGCCCACCCUACAUUUAGCGGAUCAUGUGACUCGGGGCAGCCUAAGAAACAGGAUGUUAAUGCUUGACGGAAUGCCUGCAGUCCGAGUCAAAGCUGAGCCCCUGGAAUCGGAACAAGGGUCACCUAAAGUGCGGCCUUACUCUGCGAUGGAUGGCGUGCCCUUCUUCCUCAGCAGAGUCAAAGCGGAGCCCCCAGAAGACCUGCUCGCCCACGACCUGCACUUCCACACGCAGACCGAGCCCGUCGACCUGUCUAUCAACAAGCCCCGCCCCACCUCUUUGUCCACCACCCCUACCACCGCCUCGUCAUCCUCCCCCCUCCGAUACGCCUUCUCGCCGUCAUCUUUAUCGUCGUCAUCCUCUUCCUCCUCCUCCUCCUCUUCGCCAUCGGUCAUCACCUCAGCCUCAUCGGUGCUCACACCGGGCCCCGGAGGCGGGGUGAGAGGUCAGCCGUAUUUGCACAUCCUGCACUCUGUGCCGCCGCCUCUUUCCAACCCCCUGAGCCUGCAUGGAGCGGGGAAGCUGGGCAGCCAUGUCCACCGCAUCCCGGUCGUGGUGCAGUCGCUGCCCCUCAUGUACACCACCGCCGUUCGAUCACCCUCCAGCCUCAACAACGCCAUCAUGCUACCUCUGCUGGACGAGGUGAAAAGCCAAGGCAAAGCAUACACGGACCACAGCGGCCUGUCGCCAAGGCAGAUCAAGAGCGACAGCGACGACGAUGACCUGCCAAACGUGACCUUGGACAGUGUUAAUGAGACCGGCUCCACUGCGCUGUCUAUAGCCCGCGCCGUACAAGACUCCAUGUCCCCGUUCAGCAUCGACAGCAUACGGCGCCCCCGGAGGUCAGAGUCACCCGAUUCCAAAAAGAGGAGGAUUCACAGAUGUGACUUCGAGGGCUGCAAUAAGGUGUACACCAAAAGCUCCCAUUUAAAAGCACACCGGAGGACGCAUACAGGGGAAAAGCCAUACAAAUGCACCUGGGACGGCUGCACGUGGAAGUUCGCCCGCUCCGACGAGCUGACGAGGCAUUACAGGAAACACACGGGGGUGAAGCCCUUCAAGUGCGCAGACUGUGACCGCAGCUUCUCCAGAUCCGACCACUUGGCCCUGCACCGACGGAGACACAUGCUGGUGUGAAUCGGGAACGGACAGAGAGAGGAAUCAAGAAAGAGAGACGGAGAGAAAGAAAGAGAGAGAUCAAUGAAACAGACACACACACACACACACACACAGGCAGUCGGGGGAGCGGGAUCUCCUUAUGAAUGUUUUUCAGCUGGCCUGGACGCACACACCUACAUACACACACACACACACACACACACACAGGCACAGAUGCACACACACACACUCUCAUCCGUCAUGAGGAAAGGAGAUGGAGAUGUGCACAGGGCUUGUGGAGCACAAAGCAGGGUCACUUCUGGAUCCCCUUUGGGCUGGAAGGAAUGGACGGCAGGAUCUGUUAUUGUUAUUCUUUGGAGUAUAAUAGGGAACUGUCUUUUACAGCACUGUUUGUAAAUGUUUCACCUUGAUUUUUAAAGAUGAACCCGCACUCUUUAUUCGGACAAAAAAUAUAUAUAUAUAUAAUGCAAUGGCAACGGUCUCUUUUUUUUUUUUUUCUCUCUUUCUUUUCUUUAUUGCUGCUUUUUCCAGCACUCAUAAUGUGAAAGACCCCAAAGUGUGGAAUGGAUUUCCUGCAAGAGCAGAAAGAAGAGAGGCCCGGCCUGGAUCACAGGGAAGGACUCGGGCCUGGUUGGAGUUACAGGCAGUAUUGUUGCGCCGUUACCAGCAGAGGGCGCCAUUUCACCACGGAUGGUUUCCUUUGCCUGCUGGAGCCUUCUGUUUCAUUGAGGCGUCCCCUGUAUAGAAGCUCAAAACGGCCCGGACUGUCCGUCUCAUCGCCAGCAAACGGGGCCAUCACAGCUACAAUCUGAACGGAUCAACCUCAUCAACCACUUUUACAGACAUUCAUUGCUUUAUUUCCAAAACGAUGGAAACCGGACAGGCGUAUCAUCACACCAGCAAUGACCCCGUUGACAGGGCCGGGCAACUCCCCAAAUCUCAUCAGUGCUAUUCUUUAUGUUGAGCCUCUUGAAAGCAUUUCCUUAACAAAAAAGAACAAAAAAAAUUUUGGUGGAAUUUGUGCUGUGAUUAGCAAUCAGUUAAGUGCAAUCUUAAAGGAUAAAUAUACUUUCAGUAUGACAACGUUCCGUUUAUUGAAUCUUGCGUUUUUGUUUUUUAAAUGCCUGCUUAUUGCUUAUGUUCGACUGAGAAAAAACACAACCCCUCAUGUACAGUGAACUUUGAAAACAAUCAGAGGAGAUUUACAGUAUGUGAAGAAAAGAAAAUAGAGGCACCUUACACUCUUUCAUUCUGUCCCGAUCGAUCACUUUCUUAUCCUUCAGCUUUGUUUUCUCUGCUGGGUUUGACAGUUUUUGCACAGCGGCUCUUGACCGGUAAGCUGAAACCGAAAUCGGCAGCGGUGUUACAGAGAACGUUCGCUACCUGAUGUACAAUACAGAAGAGCAAUACAUACCUAGCAAAGUGACCGGAACUCCACACUUUGCCCUGUUUGCUGAUGUCAAAAUCGCAGGAGACGUUUCUAACUCGGGCCGACCUCCUCACUCUAUGAUUGGUUUUCGUAGCUCCAGCACGAGGUUUUAAUCUGAUCUUUUCAUUUUUUUGUUUUAUUUAGUUUGUCCUAAAUACAGAAAGUCACUUGAAAUGUUCUCACCUCAGACCAGAUAUGUGUUAUCUGAUUCACCUGAGAUUUGGCUCCAGAAAAUGCUGAAAAAUGCAGGAAUAGCAUAUGCAUACACGCAUUAUAUAUA